AUGGAUACGAUUCCCGUCUUUGGAUCCUCGGUUCAAGAGGCCGUACAGGCCACAGUUCGUCUCGGUAAACCACUCUUUGUCUUCUUAUCGGUGAACUCGGAAGAGAAUCUGGCUACGUUCCUCGAGCAGUUCUUCCACAGCCAGGAGGCAAUAGAUAGCGAAAUAGGACAACUUGUCACGGAGUCAUUUGUGACAUUGAAGCUUGUAGAAGACACGGUAGAGUUUGGCUAUUUCCAGCAGAUAUUUUCGAACUUGAUUGUUCCUAGCUUCUAUAUUAUCCAGAAUGGAAAAUUGCUAGACGUGAUUUCUGGAGAGACCACUGAAGCACAAUUUGUCGAAAAAGUAACCAAUGUAAUUAUAGCUGAAACAAACCAAAUCUCAACAGGUCCAGAAACAUCACAAACUGAUACAAAUGGUGCAAAUGCCGCUAAUAUUUCUAAUUCUUCCAUUUCAUCGGUUCCUGCUCCUAACACAGCCACACAAAUACAUUCAGAUCCAGUAUCAGAUACAUCUGCAACAAAUUCGACAGUCGCAAAUCCACAAUCAGCCCAUGACAGAACAGCUUCGGAGUACCAUAAACAAUAUCUAGCUUCUAGAAAGAAGCAGGAAGAAGAGAGACUCAGGCUUCGAGUACUCCUUCAGGCGGAUCAAAAAGAAAGACUCUCGAGACAAAGAGAGAUGGACGAAAUUCUUCAUGGUUCAGAAUCAACUUCUCCACAGCCCAAAUCACAAUCUCCAGCACACCCAGCACAACAUGAUGUGUGUUUUCUCUCAAUAAAGCUUUUCGAUGGAAGUUCAUUGAAGCACGAGUUUCUGUCAUCAGAUACAUUGAAUACUGUAAGGGAGUGGUUGGAUAAAGAAACAGAAAUAAUACCUCCCACAGACUCCCUACCAUCUUUUGCAAGCUCUUCGUAUCCGCAGCCUACAAAUUACGCCUUUCACCGCCCGAUAUUACCGAGAGAGACUUAUACAGAUGAGCAAGAGUUCCAGAAGCUUGUUGACCUUGGAUUGUGCCCUAGAUCUGCAUUGAUCUUGAAGCCUAUUUAUGACGAUAAGUACCUGAGUUCGUAUCCUACCAAUAAGACUUCAGGAGGUAUAUUGAGGGGUGUAGGCGGAACUUUAGCCAGAGUAGGAAGUGCUUUAUAUUCGUUCUUUGAUUAUGGGGUAGAUGACACUCAGGAACAUCAGCAUCAAGACUAUGAUGAACCGGAUGGUUCCAGAAGUCCACGUGAUCCCACCAGUCCUUCCAGACCUUCAGCUACAGCAUCUGGUUCGUCUCGUGUAGAUUUCCCUGUGAGACCACCAUUGUUUUCAAUCGACAAUAACGAAGGGCCUACGUCGUUCUUCAUUGACGAGUCUAAUAAUCCUUCAGUAUACAACAGUAGAGCCUCAACACCCAAACCGUUAGGAUUGUCGCUGAUUAGUAGAGUCCAGACUAUUCAUGAUGAGCAAGAUGAUAAGGACAAGAAAGACGUGGAUACAUAUAAUGGUAACUCAGUGAACCUUCGUGGAAAGGAUGAUGAAGAUAAGAGAGGUUAA